CCAUUAGAAAAAAUAGAUGCCCAUAACGAAUUCCGCUAUGUUUACAUAGUGCUAUGAUUUAUUUGAUUUUUUUUUAAAUAGUAAAUAAAGAUUUUGUUUAAUUUAGUAAGAUUUAUAAUGUAUAUAAUGUGAUACCCAGGUCAACACAACUGACCCCCAAAGUGCCACGUAGGAGGUUCUCCACAGUGCUCUGCCGCCUCCACCCCCGUCGUAUGUGAGAUAUGUAAAAAAAGAAAAAAAAGUCAGUAUUUUAGUGAACAGUGGAGGAAGAUCCUAAUAAAAUUGCAUAUUGCCGGUAGUUUUAUGUAACUUUGUAAGAGGUGGAGUUGAGCGUAACGCAUGACGAGGCGUCGCGCACGGUCACGCCGCGGUGCGGGUCUGCUAGUGUGCUGGACCGACGGAGAUUAUUCAGCUGCUGCAUGAGGAGUUAGGGCCAGAAAAGCAGCCCUUAAACUCUGUUACAAAAUGCCUGCUCACAGUGCGACAUAUCUGGCGCUUCUCAUAACUUGUGUUGCUUGCAGGGCACCGCCGGUGCCGUUAGACGAUAUUGUCAUUGAGCAGACUGUUGUUCCCGAGCAAUGCGAAAGAGCCGUGAAAGUCGGCGAUUUUGUCAGGUAUCACUAUAUCGGUACGUUUCCAGACGGAAAGAAGUUCGACUCCAGCUAUGAUCGAGGCUCCACUUACAACGUGUAUGUGGGAAAACGACAGCUCAUCCCCGGGAUGGACAAGGCGCUGGUGGGAAUGUGUGUCAACGAGAGGCGUCUGGUAAAGGUCCCCCCCCAGCUAGCGUACGGGAAGGAAGGAUAUGGUGACAUCAUCCCACCUGACGCUGUGCUUCACUUCGACGUCCUUCUGCUGGACGUUUGGAACCCGGAAGACAGCGUCGCCGUGAGGACGUACCACCGGCCCGAGCAGUGCGGCCGCUCCGUGCAGGUGUCGGACUUUGUGCGGUACCACUACAACGGCACGCUGCUCGACGGCACGCUGUUCGAUUCCAGCCACACCCGUCUGCGCACAUACGACACGUAUGUUGGCAUCGGCUGGCUGAUCGCCGGCAUGGACCAGGGGCUGCUGGGAAUGUGCGUCGGUGAGAGACGCGUCAUCAGCAUGCCGCCGUUCCUCGGCUACGGCGAGAACGGAGAUGGCAGCGACAUCCCAGGCCAGGCCUCCCUGGUCUUUGACGUGGUCCUCCUGGACCUCCACAACCCCAAAGACAGCAUCAGCGUGGAAGGCCAGGUAGUGCCGGAGCCAUGUCCGCGCAGGAGCAAGGUGGGCGACUUCAUGAGGUACCACUACAACGGCACCCUGCUCGACGGCACCUUCUUCGACUCCAGUUACUCCCGUAACAGCACGUAUGACACGUACAUUGGGAAGGGCUACCUGAUUGCUGGCAUGGACCAGGGCCUGGUGGAUGUCUGCCUCGGGGAGAGGAGGAGGGUCAUCGUACCCCCCCACCUAGCCUAUGGGGAGGGGGGAACAGACAGGGUUCCCGGCUCAGCGGUGCUGGUGUUCGACGUCUCCGUGGUGGACUUCCACAACCCCUCGGACACGGUGCAGAUCACCACCACCUUCAGGCCCGAGACCUGUGACCUGCGGAGUAAGAAAGGCGACUUGGUGAAGUACCACUACAACGCCACCCUCAUGGACGGCACCUUCAUCGGCUCCACGCACAGCUUCGGGAAGACGCACGAUGUCCUUCUGGGCACUGGCCAGGUGGUGUUUGGGCUGGACAUGGGCCUGACAGACAUGUGUGUGUUAGAGCAGCGCUCGCUGGUCGUCCCUCCACACCUGGGCUACGGCGAGAGGGGGCUUGUCGGGGAGGUCCCAGGCAGUGCUGUGCUGCUGUACGACAUCGAGAUGAUGGCCAUGGAGGAGGGACUGCCUGAGGGCUACAUGUUUGUCUGGAAUAGUGAGGUGUCACCAGACCUCUUUGGCGAGAUGGACAGGAAUCAGGACGGCCAUGUGGAUUCUGCUGAGUUCACAGACUACAUCAUACGGGAGGUGAACGAAGGCAAGGGCCGGUUGGCUCCCGGCUACAACAUGUACCACAUCAUCGACAACAUGUUCUCUAACCAGGACCGCAACGGCGACGGCAAGAUCACGGCCGCGGAGUUCAAGCUGAAGGCAGAUGAGCCCCCAGUUCGAGACGAACUAUAAAUUACAGGGCACACGGGGCAUCGCUCACAGACACGACAGGGCACACGGGGCGUCGCUCACACACACGACAGGGCACACGGGGCGUCGCUCACA